CGCGGGCGCGCGUCGUCGCACGCACAGCCGAGCGCGAGCAGAGCGGACGGAGAGCGCGCGCGCCGCGUCUCCCGGACUUGGCAAACCAACAGCAACAACACAAACAAAUCCAAAAACAGAGAAAAAGAAAGAAAGGAGAAAAGGAGACAUGGGACUCGAAAAAGAGAAAGCGGAGACGUGCGUGUUCCUGGACGAGGACGUGUUUCACAGCACCAUCGAGCCCAUUCUCAAGCAGAAGAAAGAGAAAGCGCGUGCGCCGACACCGGACCGGGACCCUCGAGGCAUUAACGCGCACCUGAAGGUCGACUUCGUGGACGUGAUCGCCGAACCCAGCUUCUCACACAGCCUCGACUCAGUGUGGAUCGGCAGCCAUGCGCUUUUCGAGCUCAUUAAGUUUGUGUUUUACCGGGUCCUGACGACGCUGCUGGCCGUCCCCAUGGCCUUCGUGGCAGGCCUUGUUUUCGCCGUCCUGAGCUGCGUACAUAUUUGGUUGAUGAUGCCGCUGGUGCGGACCAUCAUGAUGACGAUGCCCUCUAUCCAGGUGAUCUGGUCAGGUCUGAUGGACGCGCUUAUAAGGCCGAUAUUCCGAAGCGCCGGCGGCUGUUUGUCCUCUGUCAGCGCCAAAAUGUGGAAGUCCGAUGUGCUUUAAAUGCUUUCAACUGUGUUUUUGUUUUUGGCGGAGAUCCCAGACCUGAUCAAUUACACCUGAGUCCUCGUCAUGCGCAGCUCCAUCAGGUGUGUUUGCUUUGGCCUGGGAUCAGACGUACGCUCUCUCUCGCUGAAUACUCCCUGCCUCUCCGCUGACAUGUGACCGAACGUCUAGACCGUGGAAGGAAGCUUGUGCGCUUUAACGUAAACUGCACUACUCCUAGUGGACAGCAUCAUUAGGUAUCAAAUACUUUCGCGCCACUUUAAAGCAAACAAAUAUAUUUAAUAUAAAUGUGCUCUUGUACUGUAUAUGAGAAGAGUGUUCGAUGUGUAUAGAAGUCUAGAGACGCUUUUUUGACUUCCUGUUUCCUGCCUCGGUUUGUAUUUAUAUUUACGCACCACAGCAGCGGCCGAAUUCUCAAAUCCGAUUGGUCGAAUGUUUUAUUAAUAGUAAUAUGCCCAUUAUGAGAGUUUAUGAUAACUACGGUUGCUAUGGUUACUAAUUGUUCACGGGCGGACGCCUCGCAUAAACAGGCUACACGUUUAUAGUGACGUGCUCGUUAACGAUACGUUAGUGUUGCCGUGGUAACAGCUCAUUCACAAGACAGACACUUGAUGUAAGUCUCCAGCGUCAGAGCUCUGUUUCAGUCAAUUCGUAAAAAAAGAAGUGUUAAAAUUCGUAAACAGAAAAAAAGGAGGAUCUAGUGGAACGUCCAUUUAUAGCUGCUAUAACUGAAGAACAUUUCACAGACGAUACACAACAUGAAAUGUAACUAUAAAUGGAUAAAAAUAUGACAAUUAUUCUUUUUUUUUUUUUGCUAAAAAUAAAAAAGUUUUGGCGUCUUGUUAUUACGACACAAUGUUCCCCAGAUUUACUAUAAAAAAUGUUUUGUUUUAUUUCCAAAAUGAAUGAUUUUGUAUUUACAUGACUGUCCCAAUGAUUUAUGAGUACUGUCCUUUUUUUCCAGUCUAUUUGCCUUGUAAAUAUGUACUGGCCAUACUGCCUGUGUGUGUGUGUGUGUGUGUGUGUGUGUGUGUGUGUGUGUGUGUUUCAAUAUCCUCUCUCGGAAAAGAAAGGCCGGCUUGUUUGUGCAGUGCAACACGAAGGGUUCAGGUGUACUUUUUCAUUUUUUCCUUUCCGCCCUGUACAAUGAUGUAAUGUAUCAGGCAUCCCGAGUGCAGCAGAGAACACCUCGCAGAGUCUCUCCUCCGUUCACUCAAUAAAACCUCUUUUUUUGCACGUGA